UGAUUUUGAAAUUUCAAACAAAUUCGUUGGCUUGUGUUGUUGUUGUGUGAAUUUAUUUUUAUUUUGUGAGAUUUUCAUGAUUUUUCACCACAAUGCCGGCAAGUGAAACUAUGAGCACAAAGAAAAAGGAACUGUUAGCCUACAAGGCGAAGAUUUUACAGGAAAUUAAGUAUUAUGAAAAGAGAAUUAAUGAAGUUGCUUUUAAGUGCGCGAAAAACACAUCUGUGGAAGAUUCCGACAGUUCAGAAGAGGAGUUCUCGCUCACCAUAGACAACGGUCCGUCGAUGGCCCACUUGAAGCAGCAGCAGGCGAUGCAGCGGACGUGCCUACAGGCCACGCAGGAGCUGACCAGCGUGCAGGUGCUGCAGUCUGAAGUGAAUAUGUUGGUGGACGAGCCGGAGAUUAUUGGGGAGCCUCCGGUGACAGAGCCGGGGCUGUGGCGCGAGGUGACGGCGGAGUGUCGCGUGGACCUGGUGCCUUUCUCCAUUACGUUCUUCGUGCACCAGCCGAGCCGCCAGUUCGGCCAGCUGUCCUACCGAGGGUUACGCGUGGCUCCCGUGAAGUCUGCCCACGAGGGCGAACUCGGCAGGAGCGUACUACCCUCCGUAAUGCGGCCUAGCGACGCCGUCGAGGUCCUAAAAAGCUACGCGGCGGCGCAGCGCUCGCGCCGCACCACCCUCGCGCGGCUGGCCGAUAAAUACGCGAAUUCCCUUUACAUGGAGCCCAUGCAAGAAGGAGGUUACAUCCUGAAGUGCGCCAACUUGCUGGAAGUCUCGUGGACGCUGCAGAACAAGUGGUCACCCAUCGCGCCGUUCCACCACCGCAUGAAGUUCGAUUUGGAAUAUAUGGACGAAUCCUACAUAAAGAUCAUAACGCAAGCUCACAGACAACUCUCAGACCCAUCUCUUGAGACCGACGAGCGUACUCUGUUGCUAUCCAAGAUCAUCUCCACCUGUUUGGAAGCCCAGGGACCCACCCAGGAGUUGUAUGAGAGCAUGUCAUCAGACCCAGAGAACAAUCAGUCCUUCAGAUCACGAAGAACGACCCUGGACCAAGAACCAGACGACCCUGGGAUGAAAAAAAAGAAAGAAACCGAACUGAUGGCUCCACCGAAAUCUUUGCCGAAGAAAACCAAACUCAAAGGCAAAGAAAAUAUAGCUGACAAUCGAAAGGAGAAGCUUAAAAGGGGGAAUAGUGACGAGAAUAUGGAAAAUGUUAAGAAAUUGAAAACAGAUUUGGGUGCGCAAAGUGGUUUAAGCGAAAAUGGUGCUAAAGAUGCUGUAAAUAAGGAUAAAAGUGACGAUAACAAUUCAAAUUCUAAUGCAAAACCAGUAGACAGAGCUAGUGUUGCCAGUAAUAAGAAGGGCGAAGUGAAAAAAGUCCAAAAUAAGAAAGAAAUUGUAGCAAAAAAGGUUGGCAAAGAAACAAAUGAUGCUGACAUUCUAAACUCUGUAGUACAGAAAUCUAAUGAAAAUAGUGACAAACCAGAAGAAGCUACUCAGUCAAAAAAUAUACAAAAUGCUGACAGAGAAAAAAAUACUGAAAAGCAAAAACAGGUUAAAGAAAAAGUUGCAAAAGCAGCGCAAUCUACCAAAAAAGACGAUAACAAUGAUCAAAAGACUGUUGCGAACCCUAAAAAGACGAAUAAAACCACCAAAUCGGACAAUAACUUGGUAAAUAAAGAAAAACCUACAGAAAAAAGUGAAAAAGUAAAAAGUGGGACUAACAAAACCAAAGCUGAGACUAAAAAUGCAGAUAUAAAUAAUGCGAAAGAUAAACUGAACACCGAAAAAGGGGACAAAAUUAAAAGUGUUGCAAGUGUCAAGAAUAAAAAUACUACCAAUGAACAAGGAAAGAAAUCAAAUAAACCAGAUAAAGAAGACAAUGUUAAAGGUGUGGCUAGUGCUAAAAAACAAAAUAACGAACAAGAUAAAGAAACAAACAAAGCUGUAAUUAAAAACGCUAAAAGUGUUGCCACUGUCAAUAAAGAACCAAUUAAAACUAAAGCUCCAGUGAAACCAGUAAAAGAAAGUGUUAAUUCAAAGAAUACAAAUGAGAAUAUAAAAAAAACUAAGAGUGACGUUAAAAAAGAUACCGUAAGGAUUCAGAAUAAAGCUCAAAAUGAUAAAAUGACUAAAAAUACUAAUCAGGAUGGUAAAAAAGUGUUACAAAAUCCAAAAAACUCAGUGAAAAACGUACCUUCAGACAUUAACAAAGAAAAUACGUUAGAGAAAGUUGUCGAAAAUCGAAAGAGCUCUGUCAAAAGAAAGAGCAACCUUAUCGACAAAAUAGACGGUGUUGCCAGCGCUAAAAAACCAAACGUGGAUAGCUCCGAGAAAAAUAAAAAAAACAUAGACAACAAAAAGGUGCCAAACUCAAAAACGGAACCAAAAUUCAAAUCGAAAUUUAUUCCGGGCGGUUUGAAAACUCACACUGGCAACACCAAAGUUUUGGGGAAUAUUGACAAGCAAAAUAGCGACAAGAAAUCUAAAAUACCACAAAAGAAGCUGUCGCCCAGAUCGGAAGCAACGUUGAAGAAGAAUCCUCUAAGAAUAAGCCCCAGAAAAAUUCCUUCGAAGUUCAAAAACAGCUCGGAUAUGAACAAAAUGAAGACGAUCCAGAAAACCACGAGUAUACCAAGGCUCUUGAAGAAACCGGCACCGAAAACUUAGUUUAAAUGUGUGAUGAAAUGACAAUUGUUAGUUUAAUUUAAGUUGAUCUUAAUAAUUAAAUGUUAAUGUUAAUUUGUGUAUAGUUGGCGCAACGAGUGUUGAGGCGAUCAACAUAAGCAAAGAUUUCUUUAACUGUCCAGAAUCCGUAUUCACGUGUCAUUUCGAUAGAACGAUUACUCAAUAGGAUCGCAACUCAGCGAUUUGUCAUUUGACGUUUAAUCACUGUCAUCCGAAUAAACCAAAAUAGGUAAUAUAGGUGAAUACUGCGGAAGUAACGAUUAAAUACGCAUAAAAACGAAAUCCGUUAAUACGUGAAUACGAAAAGUGACAUCAGCGAUUAUUAUAUGACAUUGACAGGAGGGUGCUACUAUAAGAAAGAAAGAAACAU